AUGGCUCAGCUGAGCCGCUGCAUAUUUGUGUGGGACCAGAGUGAUCUUCAGCGGCUCAUUGAGGCCAAGCGUGCUGAGCUUGAGGCCUGUCAUUUACAUCCAUCUGAUGAUGACGUGAGGAAGAGCAUCACAAAGAAAGCGAUGCAACUUAAUUGCAAGAGAGCUGUGCGGCCAGCUGCAGAGAUGGAGGUCAUGUUGGGACAGUUACUUGCAGCCUAUGAUGGAGGUCGUGGCUGCAACUCUCUGGGUGUGCCACUGAUAAACUCUGCCAGAAUGAAAGAGAUCUGGAAAGCACAACGCCGCCACAUUCCCUGCCUCCAGGACCCACCAGGCUUCCAGCUUUACACCCAGACUGGCACAGUCACCAAGGCUGGCCAUGUUCUUCCCACAUAUUGCUGUGCUCGUGGUUCAACAUCACUGGAGAGCUUCCACUUACACAUGAAUCGCUUCAUCCCAGUCAGUACUACUGUCACCUCCUCACUGUCUGCCACAUCUUCCCUCAUGCAUCCUUCUGCCUCAUCCAUGCCCUCUGCAUCGCUAACAACUCUGAGUUCCUCACAGGAUCCAAGCCUUGCAGAUCAAACGCCAUCACUUGGAUCCACAAUUUGUGAUCAGGAGUCGGUUGGACCUGACAACAUUCAAGGCUUCAAACAGGUCCAGGACUUAGUUGACCAUCUUUUCAGUCUGAGGGAUCAUGGCUUGGCCUUGUCCAAUGAAGAGGCUUUUAAAAUUGUCACCUUAUGGAGCCAUUUGCAGGAGUGCUUUGCAGGUGGCAAAAGUCCAGCACAAUGGCCAGACUGCAACAGAGUCUGUGAAGGCCUUUUUGUCCGGCUCUGUUGUGAAUACAAAGGAGCACGUCGUAUGAGUGAGGCAGGAGCGCUGGAGCUGUGUGAUUAG